CCACAAGACAGUCGAAGAACCAAUUUCUUUGUCAAAAUGAGUUUUAUCGUUGGGUUCAUUAAUCUGGGUCGGUUGUAAAAUCAACUUGAGAAAGUAAAAUCAAGGAUCAAAAUGCACCCUUUUUCUGUGUUGGGGACUCAGUUGUCAAAAACUUAUAAAUGGGGACCCAAAUGCUACCUGGAGUCAAUGUUUAGGGAUCCAACUGUGAAUUUCCCUUUUUCAAACUACUGUAAAAACCUAACGAAGAUAAUUACUCAGCCUCUAUCCUGUGUGGCUGUGUCAAACACCAGACUUAAUUUAUCCCCAAAUCCGCCUUAGCUUAUUUGUUGUUCCAUAUUGUUUACACUCAAUCUGUUCGUUUUUCAGGCUUGAAAGCAAACUUCAUUAUUGCAGACUUGCAGUUGCUGAUUGUUUUGAAAUACCAAUUAGGGCUUAAAUUCUCCAGAUUAGCUUAUAGAAGUUGGAAGACAUGGACAUGGAGGCAACUAAAUCAUCGGUCCAGAGUGAAAGGAUAAACAAAGAAUCUCCGCAAUUGGUUGCUGUGUUAAAAGAAAUGAAGGAAGGCUUGGAUACUGUGAGGAUUAAAGUUCAGGCUUUGACAGCUAAGGUGAAAGCAGAAAAUUUCCACACCUCAGAUGGAAUAAGUUAUCUUGAAGCCAAACAUCUACUGCUGCUGAAUUACUGUCAGUCCCUUGUCUACUAUUUACUUCGCAAGGCAAAAGGGUUAUCAAUUCAAGGACAUCCUGUAGUACAGAGCCUUGUUGAGAUAAGAUUAUACUUAGAGAAGAUUCGCCCUAUUGACAAAAAACUUCAGUACCAAAUUCAAAAGCUAAUGAAAGUUACAACAAACCCAGAGAAAAAAUCAGGUUCGACUGAGAAAGAAGCUGAUACAAAUCAGAAGACUGAGGACUUAUUGAAAUAUCGUCCAAAUCCAGACUUGCUCGUUAACAAAAUUAAUACUACUUCGGAGGAUGGUGAUGGUGUGUAUCGGCCACCAAAAUUGGCCCCUGCUGCUAUGGAGGAAGAUAAGAUGUCAAGAGAGGAGAGAAAUGCUUUGAGAAAAGAGAGAGAAAAUAUGCGACAAGCGAAGCAGAGUGCUUAUGUAAGAGAAUUGAUGAAUGAUCUGGAAGGCAGACCUGAAGAGAUAACAGAGUCUGUAGGACCUGAAAGUAGAGAACUGACAAAGUAUAUGGAAAAGAUGGAAGAACGUGCUCGACAAGAGGAGGAACAUUUCACACGUGCUCCUCUUACAAAAUCAGAGAAAAAGACAAUGAAACAUUUGAAGAAGUCUAGAAAUGGGUUACUUGGCCUGACAGAAAGUUUCUAUGAUGAGAUUAAAAGUUUACCAUUAGGUGACAACUUUAACAAGGAAUCGACCACCUUCGAUGUUGGCAGCAGUGGAGAUAGAAAAUUGAAGAAACGCAAGAGGAAGCAUUGAGUGACACGGUCAAGCUCAGGUCAGGCUAAUACAAAUUACUAUAAAAACUAGAGGACGCCAUGGUUUCCAUGUCUAUUCACUGAAGACUUGAGACGUGCUUUUUUUGGCAUUGAAAUGAAGGCUUUCCCACCCCUUCCAGAGACUUGAAUUCAGAAGGGAUUGAUAUUGCCCUCUUUUUUCAACUUAGUUGAUGCAAACAUUGGCUUACGUGGCCUGAGAAUGUUUAGCCCCCUGUUUGAUGACCAUUAUUAUGAAAAAUAAUGUUUUCAAUAGUAAUUUUUCAGAGAAUGUGAUUAAAAAGUA